CUCGGUUAUCCAGCACAUACCCCACGGACCGGGUGGAGACGGUGCAGCAAAGGCAUGGCAGAAGAGCACACGCACGACCAUGACCAUCCCUCGGUGUUGAAGCGGCUGCACGGUACGCUUAUGGUCAUUGCUUGGCUGUUCUUCAACUCGCUCGGAAACACCGUUGCAAGGUACUUCAAAAAAACAUGGACCACCAAACAGUACUUUGGUACACCGGUGUGGAUUUUUUACCACCGCGUGUACAUGAUGGCCUGCUGGACGCUCACGUGCGCCGCCAUCAUCUGCAUCUUCAUCGAUCUGGAGGGCUUUGAGGCACACGCGCAUAGCAUUGUUGGAUUGACGACGUUCGUCCUAGUGUUCGUGCAGCCCAUCCUGGGCCUAAUGAGACCGCCCCAGCAGCAGGCACAGUCCGCGAUUAGAAUCUUGCACCGUGUACUAGGGCAUGCAGCGUACAUUCUGGCAGUAACGAACAUGUUCCUCGGGGUUGGAUUGAAAUCGGCCCACAUAUCCUCGGUAAUGUAUGGGCUGGUCGGUGGGGCGCUAGGCGUUCACGUGCUGGCACAUGUAGCUUUCAACGUUCUCGAAUAUCUUGCCAGACAGAAGGGAUCGGAACUGGACGUGGAUAAGGAUGCAUCGUUUUCACGCUGGAGGAAAACUAUCCUGAUGGUGCAAAUGAUUGCACUGUACGCGUUCGCCAUCGUGAAUGUGGUAUUCGUGUGGCGCGUGUAGCCAGCCACACACACACACGAUACGCUCCGGUAGCUCCCCAAAAGAGGAAUCAAGGUCGCGCUCUACACUACACACCUCCUUAACUGUGAUGAACACGCUUUUGUCCACUUACAAAUAUACGCUUGCACAAACGGACGGCAUUCGGUUCACUCUCCUACUUAUUCGCUUGUAAGCGAAAUACUCCACCAGCGGAAAAAGGUCGUUGUGGAUUUGCGAGAUAACGGUGCGGUGAUAAAUGAUAAGCUUUCCUUAUCGCUACACAUUUAUGCUUCGAGCGAUUCGAUUGUUCGCGGGCAAUCGCUUAUCGUCUUGCGCCAGUUCAAGUGGUUGACGAAUGCAUUAGCUCAUCGUCGAAGU